AUGGGCACAGCAUCUUCACCUAAAGCAUCUUCAUGCUAUUGUAUUAUUGACGACUGUGUCUCCGAUGAUUUUGAAUUCAAUGGAAAACUGGGACCAAUGAGAAAGCUGUUCAUUGGUUCAAACGGCCACUGGGUCACUCUCAACAAUUUAAUCAAUUUCGAUGUUCUCUUUAUUCGCAUUCAAGGCUCCAUACUCUCCGUUUCCGAUUUGAACUCAUUUCUAAGACACUGGCGGACCGGUGGAUCAGCUCGGUUGGAGUGGUUAUACUUGAAUUUCGAGAAAGGUAUGUUUAGAGAAACGUUUGAUGAAGACUUGGAAAUUGUGAAAACAAACGAAGUGAGAGUGUAUGACCGUAGUAGUGAUGCAUUGGAAUGGGUAUUUGAUGGUGGCUACAGAAUCCAGCGUACGGACGGUGUGAAGGCAGAGAUUGAAUGUGGUCCCGGAUGGUUUACAAUGGGUGUUUGGCAUUAG